AUGAUAGAUAACCCACCUUAUAGUAUUGAUCAAUUAAGCACCUUAAACCCCAGCUCUUCAAAUUCCGUAGAAAUUCCGAAAAUUACGGAAUUUAGAUAUCUCAAUCUUAUCGGCACCAAUAGAAUAAAUUCCAUUUCCAACGAUCAUCAUCAAUUCAAUGAAACAAUUCUAUUGACACAGCUCUAUCCUCCAGUUAUAACCUCUAUCCAGUACUCGGUCCUGGUCAUCAAGCACCCUCUGUUUAAAUUUCGCAAGCACUCAACGGUCGCCGAUCUUGAAGUAAAGAAAAACAACGAUGAGGAAGUCAUUAAAGACGCACUCAAUAUACAGGCUAAUCGAAGUUUAAAAAAUUUUCAAUAA